AAUGUCACUUUCAUCUGGCAGUUUACAGGCGGAGGAGGUUGAUUACGCACGGUUGGUGUUUAUGCGGUCGUUUAUUUGAAAUUUUCACUGCUAUUUAUAAACUGUCACGUUUGAGAAUUCCAUUAGACCGUUAGCAUCUUGCCCACCCUGAGGUAAACGCGAAAUGUAUACCGACUGCAUUGCGAUAAAGGACAUCAAGCCCGGACUGAAGAACAUCAAUGUGAUGUUUAUAGUCCUUGAAGUGGGAGCCGCUACCGUCACAAAGGAAAACCGCGAAGUGAGGAAUUUCAAGGUGGCAGACCAAACGGCUUGCAUAAAUGUCUCGGUUUGGGACGAACCAGGCAAGCUGCUUGUACCUGGUGACAUAGUUCGGCUAACGAAAGGAUAUGCGUCUGUCUGGAGGCACUGCCUAACCCUUUACUCAGGGAAGAAUGGAGAUAUUCACAAAAUCGGGGAAUUCUGCCUGACUUUCAACGAACAGCUGAACAUGAGCGAACCCAAACGCAUGGAGCAACUGCAAAUGAAUUCACAAGUAUCCAAUCCCUCCCAGCUAAUCGCUAACAAUGGAAGCGCCAGUAACGGCAACGGUAUUCAGAGCCGACCGGUAACCGUUUCCACCACUGCUCCCUCGAGCACCACGUCAGUGAGUUCGUCGCAGAAACUUGUGCAACAGCAGCCACCUUCCCAGCAACGUGUCCAAAACUCAAGCGAAACAUCGAAAAUGUCGCAAUCGAAAGGUGGAAGCAAGUCAGGACGCAGCAAUCAAGGACGUUCCAAUGUGAAGGGCGACCGGAGGUAAUAGUGCUCUAGGCGGAGCGCCACGUUCAAGUGAGUGUAUUCCAGAUUUAAGGUUAGACGGGUGGACGCGUAGAACUGCUGCAAAUGCGGAACUUCUUGUAAACAUUUAAUGACACCGCGAACAAAGACUAAAGUACAUAAAUAGCGACUUUGACGAUAAGAAACAUGUAACAUACUGUCAAUAGGAUGUUAAGCAACCCAAAUAGAUGUAACUGAUGUGAAUAGUGUGGAAGGAAAUGAUUUAUUUAUUAAGACCCUUUGACGACACCUGCCGCAGCUCGGGGUAUCGUCUUUUGAGUGAAUAAAGUGAAAAUGCGCAUUA